CAGAAGAAGAAAGAAGAGGCGCGGGCCUUACUGCGGUUACAAAACAAAGGAUUUUCAUCGUUUUUGAAGCGACACAGAUCAGUUUUUUUAUUUAAAGCAAACAGUAUUUACAUCUUCAAGACAUGUAUUCAGAGGACCAGGAAGAACGUAAAUCGGUAAAGACGGAGUUUAUAGAAGAUUACAAUGAGCUCAAAAGUGAUCCAGAGCCCUUCAGAGUGAAACAUGAAGAUACUGAAGAACCAGUAGGCUUGAAGGAAGAGAGUGAGGAGAGCAAAGAACUGAAUGAAGCAGAGGAGAAACAUCAAGUCGAAACUGAAGAUGAAUCUUUGAGUUGCUCACAGCAAACAAGAGGCAAAAAAUCUUUCAGCUGCUCUCAAUGUGGAAAGAGUUUCUUGUCCAAGAAAGGUGUUACGUAUCACAUGAAAACUCAUACUGGAGACAAACCGUACACAUGUGACGAAUGUGGCAAGAGUUUUAUACAAGCAGAAGCUCUUAAAUUACACCAGAAAACACACAGCGGUGAGAAGGAUCAUGUGUGCUUUGAUUGUGGGAAGGCGUUUGCUACUCUUGCUGUACUGAAACUGCAUCAGAGAAUCCACACUGGAGAAAAACCUUACAAGUGUUCACACUGUGAAAAGAGAUUUAAACAAUCAGGACAUCUAAAGGUACAUGAGAGUAUCCACACUGGAGAAAAACCGUACGAUUGCGAUCAGUGUGGGAGGAGUUUUACACAAGCAUAUGGUCUUAAAGUACAUCAGCAGUCUCAUUCAGAAAAAAGAGGAUAUAAAUGUGAUCAGUGCGGUAAAAUAUUUGCUAGGGCAUCAUACUUGAAGAAGCACCUAAAAAUUCAUUCAGAGGAGAAGCCUCACCUGUGUACUUUGUGUGGAAAGAGCUUUAUAUGGCUGGAUGAUUUAAAAGUACACCAGAAAAGACACAGUGGUGUGAAAAUUCAUGCGUGCUUAAAGUGUGAGAAGUCCUUUAGUUCAGAUCAUCAACUGAAACAGCACCAGACAAUUCACACUGGAGAAAAACCUUAAAUUGGAGAACAAACUGCAUUAGUGUUUACACUGUGACAAUAUUAAACUAGCCGGGCUCAUUUAUUCUGCUUGUAGUAAAAAUUAUUUCAUGAUUUUUUUUGUCAUAUUUGAGCAGUAAUUAUAUAUGUAUCAUUAUAACGCUUAAUAAAUGAAAAGGGUGAAACCCUUAUUUUACCCCAAACAUGGGUGUAGUGUCAAGUCCACAUGUACA